AUGAAUAUACAUAUGGAAGCCGGUGGAAAAACUCCGCUUCACCAGGCGGCUAUUGUAGGAUCCGUGGAAGAAGUAAAGAAACUUAUCUCCUGUGGAGCAAGGCCAGACAUUCAGACAAGGCGUGGCCGCACAGCACUUCAUUACGCUGCCGAAAAUGGGCACAGAGAGAUAGUUGGGAUCCUGUUGGGAUUGGGGGCUCAAGUCGACUUACCAAACAAGUGGGGAAGAACAGCGUUACAUUAUGCUGCCAGUAAACACCGAUUAGAUUGUAUCCAGGCUCUUAUUGAUAACGGAGCUGAUCCAAAUAAACAGGAUGUAGACAAACAGACUCCAUUAUACCAUGCGGUGGCGGCGUCGGCAAAGUGGAUGAAUGACGAGGUAGGAGUUUGUGACACUGUAUUGCGUGACAGUGACGUCUGUUACACUGGAAUGCGUGACUAUGCAGGUCACAGCAUUCACGGGAGUGAUACAAGAGUAUUAGCUACUGAAAUGCUUGACACCGUUGUGCGUUACACUAUAUUGAUUUUAAUAUCAGCUGGUGCUGAUGCUGAUAUCCCUGAUAAAAGUGGUGUUACUCCUCUCCAUCUGGCUGCUGAACUUGGCAACAGUCAAAUCUGUAUUCAUUUGCUUGAAGAGGGUAAGGCUCAGGUUAACGCAUGUGACCAAUACGGAGCAACUCCCCUCCAGUACGCUGCUUAUCAGGGUCAUAAAAAUAUAGCAAAAAUUCUUUUCUCCCACAGCGGUUUUUCAGGCGAUUGUGUCGCAAAACAAAACAGAAUGUCAUUUGUCAAGCACGACAUUGCAUCAUCUGAAAGAGAACUGCAACCACUAGCACACGUCCAUAGAGAUAUAAGCGGCAUAACUUCAAGCAAUGGUGAACACUUUGACUCUGAAAAAGAAGAAUUUGCAAAAUUAGAGCAUCUUGAGAAUGUGGAGCCUGCUGAAAGCGAAGGGAGUAAAGAACUGCUUUUGAGUGAAGAGGCAUCUCUCAGUUUGAUGCUUCUUCAAUUAAAUGGAACAGAAGGUGUAGGGUGCGUAAAGCGAAUCGCAGAAGUCGAAAGAAUCGAACAAGACAUCGGCCGUUAUAUCGAAGUUGCUCUGCAAGGCAUGAUACAAGCAGAACCGAGGUUUAGUUACUCCCUGCUAAAAUCUGGAAGCACUUCGGAAAACACCAAAGUUGGUGAGCCUGAUGAGAUCGACUACAUGUGCUGUUUAACUGAGUUGUCCAAAGUAUGUUAUCCGCACCAAACUAGCUGUGAUCCACAUGGAUACCUGAGAAUUAAGGUUCAAAGCCAAGGUUUGAAUCAGUGGAACGACUGCGUGGAUAGAGACGGUUUUUUAAUUGCCGAGAAGGUCCACCAACAUUUUCAUUCCAUGUUUGAUCUACACUCCGAGAAUUCUGAUCUCACCGCGAUGAGCAAUUGUCUUCACAAAAUGCGCGACUAUAGGGAAAGGCCGGAACUUGGUGUGACUGUGGACAUGUCUAAGACCAAACCCGGAUCAAAGUUGUACUUCCUGUGGCGUGGAUGCCAAUUUAAGCGAUUGAUAGUCGAGGUGGAUCUCAUUCCUGCUGUAGAAAUACUCGGAUGGCCGCAGACUGCGAUUGUUUCCCCUCAAGAGGGCUGUUCUCUUUAUCACGUCAUUCCAAAAGUUUCUCCGUCUCUACAAAAUAACCCAUCCGCUGGAUUAUACUGGCGCAUAUCCACAUCCCUGGCCGAAAAAAGCUUAUUCAAAACAAUGAGCGCUCCAGCUCUUGCUUGUUACACAAUAUGCAAACUGCUUAUGCACAGUUCCAAUCCAGUUCAGUUAUUUUCCCAUUCUAUGGAUUUUGCGAGCCAAGACCUUCAACUCCUGCUGGUUAUUCUUCACCGUUUAAAGUCGUACGAUGCACUCAUCAAUUCGUACCUUUUGAAGAUGAUUUUCUUUCGAGAGAAAGCAAAACUUAGGCAAGGAAGUGACUGGGAAUGGAGCACUGUCGGGAUUCGUGUAUUAGGGUUGCUUAACAAACUGUUGGUGGAAUUGAAACAGGGUUAUGUUCCGUCAUAUUUUCUUCAGGAUUAUGACGUUUUAACGAAAGAUGACCCUUCGGAUAUAAAACAAUAG